GAUGCUAGUUGUCGGCCCCCGCUCUCCAGACCCCACACAUCGCACACAUACCCACCUUCUCGCCCACUCGAACCUUCGCAACCAUGAAGCUCACCGCCAUCAGCCUUAUCGCCACGGCUGCCGUUGCCAGCGCGCAAUCCGGCUCCCCCUUAAACCCGGCUCUUCCCCCAACUUGCGAGACUACGCUCCUCCAACAGCUCUCCGGCGGUGACUUUAUCAGCUCAUGUGGUCUCCAGAACUUAAUCACCGCUGUCAUCGCGGCGGGCGGCUCCCGAACACCAACGACCGAAGCCCAGUCAUACGCCCUUGCGUCCAAGCUCAUCAACCAGGCCGACCUCGACCUGAUGUGCAGUGACAAGUGCAACUCUGCCAUCACCACCUUUGGAUCCACCGUCACCGCAGCCUGCGGCACUACCCCUCUGUUGAACCCUACCUCGGUCGCUGAUGGCGCUUCUAGCUUCAAAAACCUCCAGGCUGGUGAUCUUCCCGCCAUCAUCACCUACGCCCGCAAGGGUUUUUGCGUGAAGGACAACAACACCUACUGCGCCAUCGCCCUUCUCGCCGCCGUGCAGGCCAAAGACUCAAAGCAGAUGUGCACUCCCUGCGCCGCCAAGGAAUACGAUGCCCUGAAGGACACGUCUUCCCUUCCCACUUACGCCAAGGCCACUGUCGACCCCACACUCGCUGACGCGCAAAAGACGUUGGCCAGUUGCCCAGCUGGAUCCCUCGGUGUCGGUGUCGCUGCCACAGGAGGCUCGACCACCCCCAGCUCUGGAUCCCACCUUGCUGGCUCCGCCGCCGUCGGAAUCGCUGCUGGCGUCGCUUCCUUCAUCUUGGCUUAGACUCAACCGAUCUAGAGACUCAGAGUCUGUAUUUGGAUAUCUGUAGCUUUAGGGCACUGAAUUCGCCCCUUUAUAUGUAGUCCAUAGAAGAGCCAUCUCAUGUAUAUUUUGAUUGAUGAACAUAAUAGAUCCGCACGAUAGAAA